AUAAACAUCAACAUAAUGAGAAUAUAGCAUUUUGAAAAUUCUCUUUUAAUUGGAAAGCUUUGGAUAGGAUCAAUAUCUGAUGCUGCAAUCAUAUUAUUUGUGUUAGGUUCUUAUGCAAUGCUUUAAUGUAAAAAUUAUGAUUAUGUAUAAAUUAGAUUAUUUUAUCUAUUUUUUUUCAGCAGAUUAUUACCUUUCAAAUUCAUUAUUCAAUUGGAUAUGCAUUGUUUUGUUUUUGUUUAAUUUUUUAUGUGGAACAUUUACAGAACCAGGAGUAGUAAGAAGACUUUAACCAAAUGAUGAUGAAUCUUCAAUAUCUAUAAAAUCUUUUGAUAUUGGAAGAAGUGUUGAAAUAGGAGAAUAUUUCUAAGAAAGGUUUUGUUCAAAAUGUAAAGUUAUAAGACCUCCAAAAACUAGUCAUUGUUAUAAUUGUAAUAAUUGUGUAAAGAUGUAUGAUCAGUAUGUAUUUACAUAUUAUAAGUCAUUGCACAUUUAUGAGUAAUUGCAUAGGAUAAAGAAAUUACAAAUAUUUUAUAGGUUGGAUUUAUACUCUUAAUAUUUAAUGUAUAAUCUGGUAUUGUGUACUCUUAUAACAUACAUUUGAAAAGUUUAAUAUGACUGAAGCUUUAGAUAAAUUAUAUAAAUCAUAAAUACUUUAAAGUGCAACUCUAGGUUUAUUGCUUUCAUUUUGCUGUUCUUGUACUUUUUUGUAAGAAUUUACACUUAUAUUGCAGCCUACGAGGAUGUUGUUAAAAAAUGAUUAAUAUGACAUUAAUCAUUUGUUUCUCUAUUUGCUUAUAUAUAGGAUACAAUUUUAAUAAAAUCUAUUAUGAAAACUAUUUUUGUAGUCUCAUAUUUAUAAUUGUUACUCUUCCUGGAGCUUUGACGUAUUUCUUAAAUCAAUUUAUAUAGGGCUUUGGCUGUUGCUAUAAGAUAAUCUUAUCAUUUAGCAAUUGGAGUUAAUCAAAAGGAAUGGUCAGUUUUAGCAAGACAAAUUAAUCAAAAACAUGAAUCAUAAAAUCACAUUGAAUUAGCUGAGACUUAAAAUACUUAAUAAAAUAGAGCUUCUUAGGAUUAAGAUUAAGGAAAUCAAUUAGAGAAUGAAUCUUUUGAUGAUAAAUAAUUAAGAUAAAAAAUUAUUGAAGAAAUUGAAGAUAACCCUUAAUUAAAAGGUCAUUUAUCAGAAGAGAAAAUUGAAUAUAUUUUCUAACAAAGAAGAAAUUAUUAUUUAAGAUAAAAAUAAAUUAUAGAUGCAAAUCUAUAAGUUUAGGCUUAUAAAUAAAAUGCUUCUUUGAAGAAUUAUUUUAUCAAUUUAAUUAAAAUAAUUUCCGAGAAAUAAUGUUAAAGUGAGUUAUAUUGA